AUGCCCACACCAUCCCGCCGCCCAAAAGUUAAUUCCUGUCCAUCCCCCUCUGCUUCAUCCCUCUCAUCUUUCCCACCCGCAUGUCUCCCGUUGUUCAUAUGCCGUUUUCCCUUGCCAUCCCUCGUUUCCCUUUACUGCCCCUCUCUCCCGUCUCGCCCGUAUGUGCUCUCGUCCAUGGGACUCCCCGCAUGUCAUGCUCGUCAACCACACUGCUCCCCAUCCUUACUGCUCCUCGUUCCCUCCACCCCCCAUUCCUCGUCCCCUGCAGCAGCUGCAGACGCCCCUCCCCCAUCUGCGGCCCGCCAGUCGCCUCUCCGCUGGUCCCUCCCAGGCACUACCCCUCCCCCCUCCUUCUCUCUCGCUUCCUCCACUCUCCCUUCCUCUGCUCCCCCCUCCUCCUCUCUCCCCUCCUCCUCUCUCCCCGACUCCUCAACCUGUUCCUCCACUCAUGAAAGUGUAGCCACCCCUACAAAUGCUCCUACCGCUGCUCCCACCACUGCUCCCACCACUGCUCCUACCACUGGCCCCACCGCUGCUAUCGCCACCGUUCCUACCGCUGCUGCUGCUUCCUCUGCUGCUACAGGGUCUACCACGCACUCUUCUGACCACGUGGUUCUCCCUGUGCCCUCCGCACAGCCAGCUAUCUCACCACGUGCUGCUCGCACUGCUGAUGCGGCUGCUGCUGCCGAUGCUGCUGCUGCGGGCGCCGCUGGUGGAGCUGGUGCGGGCAGCAGUGAUGGUGUAGGAGCGGACAUGGAUCCAGAAGCACAAGACUCACUGCGACAGCCUCUGCUGCAAGGCGCCACGCUCCCUUCAGAGGCACAGCAGGCGGAGCAACAGCAGCAGCAGGAGCAGCAGGAGGAGCAGGAGCAGAACGAGUUGCAGCGGUGGGCGGCGGCAGUGGGGUGGGGCGAGAUGAUGGGGGCGUACUCUGUACUGCACACAGACGACAACACCGACCUGCACCUCUUCUCCCUGCACGUCACACGCGGGCUCGCCAUCCUGGUCCUGUUGCUCUGUGCAUAUCUGGGCCCGUCCUUUCCUGCCUUUGCUCCCUCGCCCUGGCACGGGGUUUCACUAGCAGACCUGCCGCUGCCUCUGCUGCUCUACACCGUUGGACUCUCCCUCGCCCUCGCUUACACCCAAGUACCCAGCGUGCUGGCAGCGAGCAACAAGGUGUAUAUCCGAUUCUGCAAGAUCUUCUACCUCGGAUACUUCCUCCAAGGGGGCUUCCUGCACCCCAUCGGUGACACCACCUUUGGUGUCUCUCUUGAGAACACCCGCUUCUGUGGCAUGCUGCAGCAAGUGGCAGCAGCGUUGCUGGUGGUGGGGGUGUCGGAGGUAGCAGUGAUGAAGCUGUAUCGAGGGGCGCGGCGACCACCAGGCGUGCACCACCAUGCACUUGGCUUCCUUAUCAACUGGUGUGUGGCGCUGCUGCUGGUGCUGCUAUACGCGUCCCUCUCCUACCUCCUCUUCGUGCCCUCCUACACGGUCUCCACCACCACAAGUAUCCACAGCAACACCACCACCGUCACCACUGCCAUCGCAACAACCACCCCCUCGUCACAUCUCGCGGCGCUGCAUCAGGAUGGUCUGUGGGAAGGUGCAGGGGGGCAGCGGAGAGCGUUGCAGGGUGGCACGGAGGAUGGUGGUGGUAGCUUGGCUGUGCAUUGCGGUGUGAGGGGCAGUUUCGCUCCGGACUGCAAUGCAGCAGGGUACAUUGACCGAGUGCUCAUGGGCCCCACCCACAUGCUUUCCACGGCGCCCUUCCACUCGCUCCCUGAGUGCCAAAGCACGUCGCCGCCCCCCCCUGCGUGGUGCCAAGCACCCUUCGACCCCCAAGGGAUUCUCAGCACGGUGGGGGCGUGUCUGGUGGCCUUUGCAGGGCUGCACCACGGCCACCUCCUCACCUACUUCAAUACUCACUCCUGGCGUAUCUUCCGCUCGCUGCUCUUCGCAGCCGUGCUGCUCGCCACAGGAGUCACGCUGAGCAUGCCAAUGCCCCUGCGCCACUCUUCCCUGCCCUCAUUCCUGCCGGAAUCCAUACUCUCAGGCAUGCCUUUCAAUCCGCAGCUCUUCACCAUCAGCUUUGCAGCAGUUGCUGCUGCAGUUUCCUGCUUCCUCUUCUCCUGCUUCUUCAUACUCACUGACGUAUACAUGUCCGCGCGCCCAUUCCUCGCGCCCAUAGCAUGGCUGGGGCGAAACCCUCUCUUUGUGCUCGUGCUGGGUGUGUGCCGCCUGCUGGAUCUGCUGCUCGCAGGCUUCUAUGUCAACAACGACCCUGCCAGUAACCUGGUGCGUGCCUAG